UUUUCAUUUACAAGUUUUUCAUAGUUUCUAAAAGACUGGAAUCCUAUAAAUUCCAUUCAGAUUCUAAGCUAGGUGCUCUGUAUCCCCUGUAUGUGUAAAACAUGACAAAUAUUUACUAAAUACACUUUCAUUAAAACCUGACAAAGUUGUAGCCCCAAUUUAAAGAAAAUCUCAUGCUUACAUAUCCAGAGUUUGAGUUGCACAAUAUUUUAAGAAGUGGAUAUGCAUUAUUGUAUAACACCCCUCAAACUUUAACAUAUUUAAAUACUAUUUAAAGCUUAUUUAUUAAAAUGUAAAUGUUCUCAAAGACUUUAAGUACUUUGUGUAACACAGGUACCAAAUAACUUCACAGAAUUUAAAGUAGUUCUUUAGGCUGAAAGAACUACGUGCACUGUGCUUGUACAUGCACAAGGAAGGACCUAAAUUAAUGGUCACAACCAGAGAAGUGGUUACUUUUAUCCUGAUUGCCAUAAAAUUAGUAGGCCAAUGGCCAGGAGGAGGAAGCCCACGGUUGAACUCAUCCUGAGGGGACUGCUUUGCUAGAGAAACCGAAGAGAAGUUAGUGAACGUUUUCUCCAGUGCCAAAACCACAUCCUCCUUGUUUUCUUGCCCUCCAGAUUUGGUCAAGAAGGAGGAAAAGAGAGGAGAGAGGGAGGGAAGGAGAAAAAGAAGAAGGGGGAGAGAGAGAGGGAGAGAAACUGACUGGAGAAAGUCGGGGAGAAAUGGGCGGGAUCCUGCCCCGAGAAACAAUUGCGCGUUAAGCCACGCCCCUGUUUCCUAGGUAACCGGGUAAACAGACCUUAGUCUCCUUUCUGCUAGGUGUUAUUUCGUAGGCAGGAAGCUGUGGGCAGGGAGUCGGAGUUGAGAUGUGUUCUUUCGUGAGAGUGGGGUCCCCCAAAGGUUUGGGGCACCCCAAGGGAUUAGGAACUUUCCUUGAGCCAGGUAUAGACUUCCCCUUUGAGAUGAGUGCUGUUGGAGGAAUGGGGGUAUCUGAGAGGAAAUCUCCCCAGAGCAUAGAGGUUGGGCUCACUCACGAAGGGAAGGAUGAUUUAGGAGAGAGGGGGGUCGUCAUGGGAACAAAAUCUCCCACAGAGUUAGGGUUGAGAGUGGGAUUAAGAAAAGAUUCCUCAUGUAGGGAGAACCUCUUGGUUAGUAAUAAAUUUGAGAGGAAUGCAUCACCAGAAACAAAAUCUCUGUUGAGCAAGGAGGUUGAAAUGAAAUUAAAAAGACAGAAUACAUCUAGGACCCUCACGGAGAGGAGUAAUUUAGGAGUCUAUGGGGUCUCAGCCUCACGGGAAACAAAACCUCUGGGUACGGUGCCAGGAGGAGAGGGUUUAGAAAAUGAGUGUCUUCUGGCAGGGUGUUCUGGAAGGAUAAUACAGCCUCCCUUAGGCAUGGUAGGCGAAAGUCCACAGGCUCUAGGGAGCAGGAGAGGCUCUGCAGCUUGUUCCCCUAAAGUGUUAGGGGCGUCAGUAGGGAAACAGCCUGCUUUGGAUAUGGAUCCUAGACAGGAACUGGGAAGAGGUACCUGUGUGGUAAUGGAGCCCAGUGCAGAGAUGAAGCCUCCUGCAGUGGUAGACACUGGUCUAGAAGAGCCAGAUGAAACAGGCCCCCAAAUGGGCUUGGUGAUAGAACCUUCUGAGUGCCAGUUUGCCCAACAACCAGAAGAGAGAAAAGAGACUGAAAACAAUGAACCUGGAGUAGAACCUCCAGACUGCAUCAGACCUAUAUACUCUGGGAAAUUUUUUGAUCGGAUGCCUUGCUGGCCAAGUGCAGGGAAAGUUAUUCCUAUUGGAGACAGAGUUGCAACCUGUUUGACUGAAAAACUUCCCAGGCUAAUUACUCCUCCUGAGGCAAAAAAAUUUUUCAACUAUAGAUAUCCACCUGCUGGAGCUGAAAGAGUAUUUUAUGGCAGAGCAAAUGAUCCCCAAAUCGCACCUUAUUUGACACAUGGAAUAAGAUCUAAAACUUCAAUACCGGCAAAGGUAUUGAUAAAUCCACAGCCCAUUACAACAUUUCAACAGAAAAUUAAAGAUAAAAAGGAAUCAGUAUAUUUAAGCAAUCAAAGGGCACCAUUAGGAAAAUCUCAUGAUCAAACGCCAGGAUUACCUAAAGGUCUGGAUGUACUCCAUACGACAUUUGGGACAGCAGUCGUCAGAGAAUUAUCUGCUACAGAUGUAGUGAAUCCACCAAAACCCUAUGAAGAAGUAUGUAAAGAAGGAAAAGAAGGACAUGAUCUGUAUAUUGUUUCUCACAAUGAUUAUUAUGUGGGAGAAGCAAAGAACCGAAAGUAUAACCCAUCAAGUUUCCAUAGGUUUAAGUUGUAUGGGGUCCCAACACCACAUUUUAAUGAUGGACGAACCAUGGCAAAAACUUUAUAUUGGCUCCAUGAACUACAAAUGAAAAGAGGAGCUAAGGUUGUAUCUAAGAGAGUUGAUGAUUUCAAAGAAAAGUUUCAACAUCAACUUGGAAGAGUUUUAGAUCCCAUUGCAGAAACAAUGAAUGUUCCCCCAGACCACACGUUUGGAUCUUGUCUCCGUGCCGAGGAGUAUGGAGCUGGUGAUCUCAUCCAUAACAGACUUCCGGGUGAGUAUCUUCGAGGCAAGGAUAGACAGAGAGCCCUGAUUGCAGCAGUGCGACACCACUUGAAGAAAGUUAACUACCAGAACUUUGACACUUUGCUGGCAGCCUUCAGGCACUAUGACAAGAAUGGAGACGGGGCGAUAGAUAAAGCUGAGCUUCAGGAGGCUUGUGAUCAGGUCAGCUUGCACUUAGAUGAGACGCUCCUGGACCAGCUAUUUGACUACUGUGAUGUGGAUAAAGAUGGACUGAUUAACUACCUAGAGUUUGCAAAUUUUCUUAACUGGAAAGAUAAAAUGCCUCUGAAAGAGUAUGAAGAGAGGGUCAUUAUUAAAGGUAGAAAACCAGAUUGUGCAAACCCUGCGGAGGCUAAUAUUGAAGAAUCUGAACCAACUCUCCUGAUAAAGCCAGAAGAUACUGUCUUAAAAGAACCAGGGAGCUCAGAAAAGACUCUCCGGACACUUCUGAGGCCAAGUGAUAAAGUUUCUAAUCACUAUAAGACAACUUCUUCUGAGAUCAGUGCGGUUGUAGGAGCUGUUCCUUGUCUUUGUUAUCCCAUCUAUGGUGUUCCAACCAUUCGGUCUGAUAUCCCUGCCCCCCGAAUUCGUCGCAUCAGUGAUAGAACUAAUUAUGGUGAAGAGGGCAAUGCCUAUUCAUUACUACAUCCUACCAUUUUUGGCCAGAAAGGAGUGUUUGAAAGAGACUUCUUCAAGACAAGAUCUAAAAAAGAGAUUGCAGAGAUAUUAUGUAACAUUGGUGUCAGGCUUUCUGAUGAAGAAUUUGAAAAUGUAUGGAAUCUUGCAUCAAAAAAACAUCACAGAGGAGAAGUUUCUGUAGAGACCAUCAGAAAUGUUCUGGAUGAGCUACAACAUGCAGACCGGAUCAAGUGUAAAACAACCAUGUGAUAUUUUUAGAGUUCAUUCAUUUAAAAAAAGAAAUGUUAAAUCUGUGUUCAUUAAAAUGUUGAGUCCAUUCUGGUUUUAGAUAUGUUAGAUGUCAGUAGUCACUGAAGUAGGACUCAUAUGCCUAUGUGUAUUGCUAAUAAAUUUGAUUUGGGAUUUUAA